GCAUUAAUAGCGUUCGUUACCGUUACGCAUUCGUUCCAAUGCUCGACUCUAUCCGUCUCGGAGAUCGAAAAUCUUCUUCAAAAGAUAUUACCGCCAUAUAUGUUACCACAAAUUUUUAUUGUUGAUCACAUACCUCUUCUAACAAAUGGGAAAACGAAUCGACAGGAAUUGCUAAGAAGAUACGAAUCAUCUUGCUCUAAUGACGAAGACCACAUUGCUAUGAAUUGCGAUUACAGCGGAGUGCCAAGUCAAGAUCUUGCAAAAGCCCGUAUCCUCUUUCCAACCAUCGCAUCCGUAACCGGACGUAGUAGUCGCACACCGGUAAUGCUAAACGCUAAUUUCUACGAAAUUGGUGGAAAUUCCUUGAAUUCCGUUUACACCGUGACCAAAUUAAGAGAUCAAGGUUAUCAGAUCGGUAUCACGGAUUUUAUCACAGCGAAAAAUUUAGCCGAAGUAUUAGACCGAAUGAAGUUCAUAGUAUCCGACGAGGAACCUUUGAAAGAAGCCAUUGACCAGAAACCGUACGUCUUUGAAUCAUUAAACGACUGCCAUAAGGAGGACGUAAUCGAAAUAAUCAUGAAGGGCUUUUGUUUAAAACCCGAAUUGGAGCAGUACUUAAUGCUGGACAUAACGAGAGCCGAUUGUCUGGAAUUUGUGGAGGCUGUGUGGGAUUUUCUUGUAGAAAAGAACUUUAGUUUCGUAAUAAAAUCGGUGCAAAAUGACAAAAUAAUCGGAGUUACUUUCAACUUUGAUCUUUGGGAUAAACCUGAACUGAUACUGAAAUCUGAGUUAAUGAUUGUUUUUGAUUUCAUCGAAUAU